AAAUAUUAUAAAAUUAUCAAACGAUUCUGAAUACGAUGUACUUAAACAUAUCGCUGAUCUCUAUCCUAUUAUGCAAAUUGAUGAUGCUUAUUUUAAAGUAACUGGAUAUGAUGUCAUCACGCCUGGAUCUCUUGUUACAUUGGUGGUUAAAGUUAAAUACUUAGAUUCAGCUUCAGAAGCAAGCUAUAGAGAUGCUAAAAUGGCUGAAGCCAAAAUUGCCAAAGAUAACAAAGAUGAGUUACUUUAUGGUGGAGCAAAAAAUACUACAUCUGAUGAAAAAAGUCCUUUCGUGCAUGCUCCACAUUUAUCAAGAGACAAAAAACCUUAUUGGUGGAUUUUUAUGGCUGAUGAUAAAAGAGAUAAAGUUAUGAUUGAGCCCAUUAAAAUAACUGACAUUGUUACUAGUAAAACAUUUAAGUUCCAAUUUGCUGCCCCUCGCGAUCCAGGAUUAUAUACUUAUGUUGCAUAUAUUAAGAGUGAUUCAUACGUUGGAACUGAUAUUAAAAAGGAACUUCGUGUAAAUAUUUCUGUGCUUCCACCCGAAAAUGAAGUUGAAGAUGAUAUAUCAGAACCUGAAGAAGAUUCAUUCGCUGGACAGUUAAAACUAGCAAGAGAACAAGGAAUUUACUCAGUGGUGGCUGGUGCAAAUGGUAACGAAAAGAAGAAAGAAGAUAGCGAUAGUAGUGAUGAUAGUGAUGAUGAGUAA